AAAUAGGAGUACUUGUGACCCACCAUCUCGCUUCGACCUUCCUGGCUUUGCUUAACCCGUUUUGUCAGGUUCCGUUACUCUGUCCUUUUCCUCCGGCCUCGCCGACUUUCCGGCGGGCCUUUUACUGGACGAAUCUUUCAUAUCUUCUUAUUUUUCUUCAUCUCUGGCGAUCCCACAUUCCAUAGGAGAUAUCUGUCGGCAAUCCGUGAUAGCAUAGUUGACCUGCAAUGGAUCGGGCGUCGUUCACCGAUACUUUCACGAUUGUCUCCAUUAUACUUAUGCUGGUCGAUUACGAUGUCGUUUCAUGUUUGCGCUUUUCGGAUGUACCGAAUACCAGUCAUCGGACUGCCAUGGUUCUCCCACUUUUCCCCCCCAAAGACACAUCGUUUCGGUCCUCGCCUUCCCAACUCUCUGGUCGACUCCUCCAGAAAAUCCCGGUGAAUGCUCGAAUGGCUCUCCACGACGAUCUCCUCCUCAACGGAUACUAUACAACCCGUCUUUGGAUUGGAACUCCACCCCAGAGGUUUGCUCUUAUAGUGGAUACUGGGAGUACUGUUACAUAUGUGCCUUGCUCUACAUGCGUACAAUGCGGCAAGCAUCAGGAUCCUAGAUUUCAGCCAGAAAUGUCAAGCACCUAUCAGCCUGUAAAAUGUAAUAUUGACUGUACAUGUGACAAUGAGAGGGAGCAGUGUAUUUAUGAACGGCAGUAUGCUGAGAUGAGUUCUAGUAGCGGGGUGCUUGGACAGGACAUUGUGUCCUUUGGAAACCAAAGUGAGCUUGCACCCCAGCGAGCUGUAUUUGGAUGUGAAAAUAGGGAAACUGGUGAUCUUUACAGCCAACACGCUGAUGGUAUAAUGGGCUUGGGUCGUGGGGAUCUCAGUAUAGUGGAUCAGCUUGUUGAGAAACAUGUAAUUAGUGAUUCUUUCUCCUUGUGUUAUGGAGGGAUGGACUUCGGUGGCGGUGCAAUGGUUCUUGGCGGAAUAAAACCCCCUUCAGACAUGGUCUUUACCAAUUCGGAUCCUGUACGCAGUCCAUAUUACAAUAUUGAGCUGAAGGAGAUACAUGUUGCUGGGAAGGCAUUGAGUCUGAACCCACGGGUUUUUGACGGAAAUCAUGGGACAGUGCUUGAUAGUGGUACCACAUAUGCUUACCUUCCAGAAGCAGCAUUUGCAGCCUUCAAGAGUGCUGUUAUGAAAGCGGUUCUUUCUCUAAAACUGAUUGAAGGGCCUGAUCCAAAUUAUAAAGAUAUCUGUUUUUCUGGUGCAGGAAGUGGCAUCUCACAACUCUCAAAAUCCUUUCCACCUGUCGACAUGGUAUUCAGCAAUGGAAAGAAACUCUCUCUGUCCCCUGAAAACUACUUGUUCCGGCACUCAAAGGUGCGUGGUGCUUAUUGUCUGGGGAUAUUUCAGAAUGGGAAGGAUGCAACAACUCUUCUCGGAGGAAUUAUUGUCCGCAACACCCUUGUAACUUAUGAUCGUCAACAUGAAAUGAUUGGUUUCUGGAAAACCAAUUGUUCUGAUUUAUGGAACAGACUCAAUUUAUCUCCUCCACCUCCAUUGCCCUCAGGCUUGGAUAACACAAACUCCACAGGAAGUAUAAAUUCUGCAUUGGUUCCUACUGGAUCUCCUGGGUAUAAUGCACCUGGAGAAAUUAAGGUUGGAUGCAUUACAUUUUAUAUGUCAGUGAGUGUGAAUUACUCAGACUUGAAGCCUCACAUGACAGAGCUUACCCAUCUCAUUGCCCAAGAGUUGGUCAUUAACUUCUCACAGGUCCACUUAAUGAACUUAUCGACAAAAGGAAAUGAUUCCCUUAUUAAAUGGGCCAUCUAUCCAGCAGGAUCCGCAGAUUAUAUGACAAAUGCUGCUGCCAUGGAAACGAUACACCGUUUGGCUGAAAAUCGCGUUCAUCUUCCUGAUACAUUUGGGAGUUACAAAUUAUUUGAAUGGGGUAUUGAGCCCCUGCCAAAAAGGACUGGAUGGCCGCAAAGUUACUUGAUCGUAGUUAUAGCAUUGUCAGUUGUGUUGAUACUUGGACUAUCAGCUUUCCUAGGAUGGUUAAUAUGGAGGCGGGGUAAAGAAUCACCUCUUCCAUAUGAGCGUGUUGAAAGUGUUGAAACCAUUGUGCGCGAACAAGAACUUCAACCACUAAAGUGAAACAAGUCUUGCCACCCUGAAUGAUAUAUGCUGAAACGUAUGCGAAGUCCUUUUAGAAGCAGAAGCACUGAUAUUUUUAGCCUAGUUUACAGGUUGACAGAAUUUUUGUCAAAGUUAAUAAGAAAUUAUAGCCAGUUAAAGAUGAUAUAUGUCCGUAUCAAAUCAGCAUUAUACUUGGGGGAGGAGUACAGAAAGGUCGCCUCCCCAUUUUCUCUAAUGUCACAUUCUCUUGUGAAUAUUGUAAGAUAUCAUGUAAUGAAGAGGUUACAGUUGCUAAUUCUCUCUCCCUCCCUCUCCCUGUGGUGGUGGGGGCUGAGGAGGAGGUUUUGCCUAGUUUUGGAAGGUUGCCCUUUUAUGAAGCCUGAGUGAGAUCCACUUAA